AAAACAAAAUGGCCACAAUAACAAUAUGUGACAGACGGGAGGAAGGAAAAAACACAAGAAAUAAACUGCCUGGUGUAAAUUUAGACCAAAAUGUGAAAAGUUUUAAAGAAGCAAUCAGUGUUUGCAGUUCCUCUCCACAUUCCUACGAUAUUGUGUAUUGUGGCCAAUGUCUGAAAGAAGAUGCUUCCCUCUGUUCAUAUGGAAUCCAUUCUGGAUCUACUGUGCAUCUGUUAGCAAAGCAAGAACCCUUCAGUGAUGAUGUUAGUGAUAGUAAAGCUCCAAUCCCAAAAGAAAAGAUCAAACACCUGAUAACUCUCCUACAAAGUGCACUCAAAAACCCAGCAUAUAAAUCAACAGUUGAGACUAUUUUCUCUACACCGAACCAACUGCAUGAUGUGAUCAAUGCUGUCCCCGGCCUCAAUGCCAAUCCUUCAACACUUAACUUGUUCAUGGACCAAGAACUUGUCAGUGUGCUUGCUCAUCCAGGGAACAUAAGGAGAUUGUUGGAGGCCCACCCAUGUUUUGGAGAGCUGGCGGAGGUGUUGUGCGAGCGUGUAAAGGAGGCAGGAAAUAGUGGAAACUUCACCACACCCUCGUCAGGGUCCUACUCCAUUGAUAAUAUGUCUGAUGAUGAUGAGGAUGGACCAUCAACGAGCGGUGGGGGCCAGGCAAUUACAGCCAACCAGCUGGCAGCAGCUCUUGCAGCAGCUGCAGGGGGAAGCGCUGGGUCGCCCUCGGCCCAGAGUCAACCCAUCUCCAACAACAUGAUCACACAGGACUUCUUCCAACAGGCCAUUCUACAGGCACAGUCUACUAUGACCGGCCAGAUCCAGCAGAUGCGUGAGAUGGGUAUCACAGAUGAGAACGUUGCCCGUCAGGCACUCCAAGCCACCAACGGAGACCUCCAGGCUGCCAUUGACCUCAUCUUCGGCGGAGAGUUUUCAUGACCGCUAAAGCAUGUUCCAUUCAGUAACGGCUGUUUAUUUAGUGUGUUAACAUUGGUCAUUCAUGAUGCUAUUACAUGUAUGUGUGUUCUUGACCAAUUAUAACAUGUCGGACAACUAGUUCUGAAUAUGAAGGUCAAUUUGAGAUACGUUUUAAAUGCCAUUGGCCAAAGUU